AUGGUAGAACGAUUUAAUCACACAUUGGAGAGGUACCUAGCGAAAGUUGUAGACAAUUGGCAACGAGAUUGGGGCAAGCACAAACAACCGUUUUUGUUGUCAUAUCGAAGCGCUGUUCACGAAAGUACAACAGUGACACCAGCUUUCGCAAACUUUGGAAGAGAAUUACGGCUGCCUGCAGACCUGAUCACCGGGAUACCACCUGAUGCCCCACGCAGUAUAACCGAUUAUGCAAAUGACUUGCGCAACAAAAUUAAUGACAUUUAUGAGCACGUCAGACAAUCGGGCCAGCAAUGUCUGAAAAGAUGA